AUGAUUUCAAAUUCAGGAGAUAAAGAUUUGCAAGCAAAACAAGAAGGUGGCAGCAGUGAGGCCGGCAAGAUCUCCAAGGCACCAUCAUCCUCUUCAUCAAGACAAUGGUCAGCAUUUAGAAAUCCGAGAAUUGUUCGAGUCUCCCGUUCUUUUGGAGGAAAAGAUAGGCAUAGCAAGGUUUGCACCAUAAGGGGACUGAGGGACCGUCGAAUUAGGCUUUCUGUACCCACAGCCAUUCAGCUGUAUGAUCUUCAAGAUAGGCUUGUCCUUAGUCAGCCUAGCAAGGUAAUAGAUUGGUUGCUUGAUGCCACUAAAAAUGAUAUCGAUAAGUUGCCUCCACUUCAGAUGCAACCAGGGUUUGGUCAAUUCCACCAGCCCAUGCUAUUUUCUCAUCAAUCAAAUGCAUCUCCCAGCUUCUUUGAUCCCAAUUCUACGUUUAUCAAUGACGUAGGAUUUCAUUCCUUAGGGAGCAAGAUCAACACUAGUACUACUGGUCUUGAUGGGGAGGAGCAAAACAGUAGUACUGUGCCAAAAUCAAGGUACAGCUGGGAUGUAGAACCUUCAAAAAGAGAAAAAAGCAAGCAAGUUGAAAGUAUUACUGAGAAAGGCAAGUGGAUCAAGACAAAUGAAGAAGAAAUAAAUAAUCAAGAUGGGGUUGGAAGUUACAGUACUACUGGACAGGUCUCAGCUCAAAAUUUCUUUCCUUUAGCCACUCAUUCUUCCUUGCCAAGCUUCCUAAACAAUCUCAAUAUGCCCUUCAACCCCUACUAUCAGUGGGAUGCUUCAAAUUUGUCUUUAUCUACUCAAUUUGGAAGUCAUGGAUACCUAUCCCAAACAGAAAAUAGUUCCUUGAACGCCCAAUCAACACUGCCUCUCUCUUCUGCCUCUCAAUUAUUUUUCUGCCCACCUCCAACAAUGCCACCACUUUUUCCAUCCUAUCCUCCUUAUCUUACAACUCCCUUAGAGAGUGAGUCAAGAGAGAUGAACCAUUUCCAAUUCUUGAGCUCAAGUUCAUCACAACAUAUCUUGCCGAUUUCUCGCACAACGAGCUCAACAACAAAACCUUUUUCCUUGAAUCUAAAUCCUGGGCUUCUUCAUUUGCAAAGUCACGAUGAAAGCAAUCCAGAUGAAGAUAAUACCGAUUCAUAA